UGUUUACAAUAUUUUGUGACACGUUUACAGCGUCUUCCUUCAACUUUGACCUUAAGUUUGAGGGUUUUUUUGAGCUCACAUUUUUUUUAAGUUUUAAGUUAUGCUUCCAGCAGUCGAGGAUGAAGUCAAUCGUUACUACAGCGAGCUUAACUUGAAAGAGCCGGCGAUACAAAAUCCGUUCACUCACCGCGUUCAAAUAUCGCGUUGGCAGAAGAAACUAGAGGUGGGGAUAUAUUGUUUGUUAUUGUCUGUUUUGAAAAGUUGAUAUAAGACUGUUUUGAGUGGGGUGCCAACUUUUUUUCUUGUUGGUUUGAUAACUGGUUUUUACAAUGUACGAAAUAUGUUGUGAACGCAUGUAACGCCGCCUCCCCCUCGUUUCAGAUCAUUUGUUGUGGCGUUUCCUCUUUCAGCUCUUUCUUUUGUAUCUUAAUAGGUUAUUCUUCUGUCGGUUUAUUAACAGCUUCGCUGCAAAUAUUUAGUUAAAAUUUUCCUUCCUUUGUAUUUUAUCGGUUUAUCCAGUGCUGGAAAGUGUCAGACUCGCAGAACGAUCUUGUAUACAUCAGACAAUUUUAUGAAUCUUUAAUUGCGUAACAUGUCAUAUCCAAUGGACCACUGAAGAUGAUCUGGAUGCACUCAAGAGGAAAAGACAAUCUGAUUCGUGUUCAAUGAGAAAACAUUGUACUGCACGAUUUACAAGUUUGACAAAGAUUUUUCAUCCUUUUGUCUAAAUUAAAAAAUAUUAAUUUACCAAAAAAAUUAACCAAACUCUAAUCCAUUAUUUUUUUAUGAUUUAUUAUUUUGUGGUACCUGUUAUAAAAACGAAUUUAAAUUUUUUUAUCCACAAAGUCAAAAGAAAGUGCAGUUUUUGUUUAACAUGCGUAAAUUCCAUUUUUACACCCUUAGACUUGCAGCAUAGAAUUUAUUUAUUCAUUAUUUACCGUCAAACUCAGAAAACUGUGAACACCGGAAAAAUUUGAGGAAUGUUGAUUGUGUACUGGCCACUCACAAUAAAGUUCAUGACAUGCUAGCAAACCUAAAAGCCACGAACUAAUUACCGUUGCUGUUUGCAGUCUAGUUACCUCGCACCUUAUUGGCUUAUUUCUUGCAACGCAAUAACAUUCCAUGAAUAUUUCUGGUGUUCAUGGUUUUGUGAGUUUCACAGUAAAUUGCUCACAUUAUAUGUAUGCUUUAUCCCUAAAAAAAAAUGCAAGCCAAAAUGUUAUUAAAGGGACUAUAAUCUUAACAUUCUCAAUGAAAAAAUGGUGUUGGGAGAAUCUUGCCAAAGCAGUAUAUUUUGUGUUUAUGUAGGCAAUGAAUUAGCCACCACCAGUUAAUUUUCCCCGUGAAAUGACCUUUGGGGAAUGUUCAAGCACAGAAAUUCUAUACAGAUGAUGUGUCACUACCCUGAUCGGGGUAUCAUUUUUGAUUGGUCAUGCUGCAAGGGAAAUUUGCUGCAACCAAUAUUAAGGGUAGUGAGAUGUCAUCAGUUUAAAUUUCUGCAGUCGUUCCACAAACAUCAUUUUGCUGGGAUUUAACUAUUGGUGGUGUCAUGAAAUGUCAGCUGUUUUUUCAGGCUAGCACUGAAUCAACAAGAGGGCAAUUGCCUAUUUCAGUAUACCUGUUCAGUCAAGACUCUUUGCUAUACAGUGUAAUAAUAAUGAAGGGGUUGGUAGAAAAAGUCCUCAAGUGAGUUCUGGGGCGCUUUCCAUUGAACGAAAAAUUUCAGAAAUUUUGCUUGAUACAUCAAAUGGAACAGCCCAUUUUGGUUUGGUCCGACUAGAAUAUUCGGUCCACUUUGACCAGUCCAGUUAUCUCGGUUGGUCGGACUGAAAUGUCCCUUUCCAUUUGACAAAAUUUUUGUCCCCAGUACUGCUCUUUUGUAUCCUGCCCGCAAGAACAAUGAUCUAAGGCACGGUGGCUUGGGUCAGUUCUGUGCAACCACAAUGUACCGUUCCAUUGGGCACAUGUAAUUUCCGACAUUUCAAAUUGGAAUAUUUGUUGAAUGAAAGCGCCCCUUAUUUACUGCUAUCGUCUUCUGUCAGUUUAUCUUGUAUGUGUGUGUGAAUCAAUGGGAGACUAGCUAUUAAGUCACUGGGGCCUUAUCCCAUUCACCUUUUAUAUUAUGUGCUAUGUCAAUGAUUAUUUUAUAUCCAGAUGUAUCCUUUUCACUCCUUUUGAAGUUUCCUUUUGUAUUUUUAAGGAAAAAAUAUCCUAUGUUUGGUCUAAAGUCAAGACUGUAUCAUAUUGGCAAACAUGAUCAUUUUAAAAAAAUCUGAAAAUUAAACUGUUUUGAGGAGGGUAUGUUUUAAGCUAUUUUCUGUCAACCAUCGUGACAAAAAGGUCUCUAAAACCAGCAUCCAAAACUUUCUUUGCAAGUUUACAUUAGUGAAAUUUGGUUUUAGGCAUGUAUGCAGAUGUUAAAUGGAUUUAAGUUUUAUUCUGCUUUACAGAUUGCACUUGGCUUCAUUUUCCUUUUCCCACUUCGUCUGCUUAUUGGUAUCCCUUUAUUUACUUUUGCUGGGAUUUGGGGUUAUGCUGUUACUCUGGGAUGGAAUCCUCCAGAUUUGAGGACACCACUGACACCAUGGAGAAGGUAAACCUAACUCGUACUUAUAUAGUCUCAUAGAUUAUUUUUGAAACCUUAGGCCUUGUUUGUACUACGACAAAAAAAAAAAGAGUGAAGUGUUUGCUAAAAUUUUGAAAAAUUUGUAGUUACCAAAUUUUUGUUUUUGUAAAGUUGUUCGCACCUGAGACACAUGAAAUUUUUUGUGUAACCAAAAAUAUGUCGAUUAAAGGAAAAUCUAUAAUUGGUGGCAAAAUAAGAUUACCCAACUAAGGAUAGCUGUCAAGGAACAAAUGAUUGUGUCGAACUGACAACAAAUAAAAUAUUUAUUGUAGGCCUCCAAAUCUUGUCGAUGGCAUCUGUGAAGUUUGGUGACAUUCAAGAAAAUUUUGAUGGGCUAAAAAAAUUGUUCACACAAGAAAUGGCUUCCUAUUGACAGAGUUCCUAAAAUGUGGCUGCGUGAAUGUAAAAAUUAAGCUGGCUAAAAUUCUGAACAGAUAUCUUUUUUUGUAUAAAUCUCAAGAAAUCAAUGGAGCAAUGCAAUAGUUCUGCCUAAAAAGUUUGUCAUCAUUUCAUUUGAUUGGUAGCAUAUCAUUCUACCAUAACUUGCAGGCCUUGUAGUGAAACAUGUUAAAUUAUUGUACAAUAUUACAGCUACUGUGAUAUGCAGUCUUGCCUGUCAGUUUAGCAUCUAUUAAGUAAACAGUCACAUUUAGUACCAUUCCUUGUUAUUUUUAGAUUUUAGCACCAGGAAACGGAGCCCUUUUCACACAUAAGUAAUAAUGUUUUGAUAAAAAUUAUGGUUUUUCUGUUUAAUUUCAGGAAACUAAAAAAUUGCCUUCCUGCCAUGAUCCGAUCACUGCUGUUUGUUUUAGGCUUUCAUAAGAUAAGGAUCAAGGGCAAGCUGGCAUCGCCUUCAGAAGCUCCUCUGACAGUCAUUGCCCCUCAUUCUUCUUUUCUGGAUAUAUUGCUGCUUUGUGAAUAUGGCUCUGCUCCAUCUGGUGUGUCAAAAAUUGAAAAUCUCCAAAGCCCUAUUCUUGGAUGUAAGAGUGUUAGUGUAAUAACAAUAAUAUUGGUUGUCUUUACAAUAGGCUGUUCAGUAAGACUUAAGAGCUGCUAAGUUGUUCUUAACCAAAAAUGUGUGUGGGAAGACCUAAGUAAAAUCUCAAGUAACUUUACUUUACAUCUCAUUAAAUCAAUCAAUCUUAAUUAUAUUGCGUGGGAAAAUAGUCUAAUUAAGUAAACCUGAAGUAUAAAAGAUUAGAUAGCUGGUUGUGUGUAAAGCUUUCUUGUACUUGAAGAAAUUCAAAUUUACUUGUGUUGAAAUAUUUCUUAGCUUAUUUUAAGGCUAUAGUGUAAAGACUACCAUUAUUGCUAGCAUUUUUAUUUUAUUAAAUAAGGGGUGGCAGUGGGUUAAAUUACAAGACUUGGAAAGACAAGGACAAAACGUGACUACUAGACUGCAGGUUGGAUUUUAUCAGACAUGGACAACUUUUUUCCGACAAAUGUCCAGUGACCAACUUUUAUUUAUUGCACUUUGUGGUAGAAUAUCCUCCAUAGAUAAGUUAAAGAUUAAUUACAAUCACCAUCUUUGUCAGGGAGGGAUCCCCUAGUAAUUCAUGACCUUGUGGAUACUUUCCUCACAGCUACAUGCAUGUAUCUGUAAUUUUUUUAAACUAUCCUGUGUCUAGCUCUUGUAAAUGGCCUCCCUGACUGCUAAAUCAUCUGCAGCUGAUACCUGACUUUUAUCUUCAUUUUUUUUAAAAAAAUAAUCCUUCACUCACACUGGCUGCACUGAAUAAGGUACACAUGCGGUCUGCCCCAGCCCAGUCCUUUCUCCUCACUCGAAGCCUGUUCCUUUAGUACAUGUAGGUGUUCCAGUUGCUUUGUAAUGGUGAACAUAUGCAUUAUAUAUAGCUUGAUAUGGUACAGUGGGCUUGUUGAACACAUAUGCCCAUAAUAGAGGCUCAUACAUAUACUGUACCUUGUCCAUACAGGAAGGUAAUUUUUCUUAUUCCUGUUUCAUUUUUUCCCAUUUGUAGACUAAGUCCUAUCUUUUUGUUUCAGCACUUUUUCAAUCUCUUGAAGCAAUAGGUGUUUCAAGAGAUAAUACAAAAUCAAGACAAGCAGCUGUAAAAGAACUUCAGUACAGAGCAGUCACUACAAGAGGACAAUGGCCCCAUGUCUGUAUCUUCCCUGAAGGUAAUAUGUAGUAAUUAAUAAUAAUUAUAAUAAAAAGCUGACAAUGAAUGUAUAUUACUGAAGAAUGUUAAUGUUAGAUGUACUUUGUUGAAUAAGUCCCCCACAGCCAUAUGAAAAUUUACUGUGUCAAUAUAUCUGAAAAAAAUUAUUUAUUACAUAUUAUUAUUCAUUCAACAUAUUUCCCCAAUUCUGAAAUUCAGGAAAAUCACAUGUUUAAAUUCACAAAAACAGUUAAAAAUGACCAAAAUUGGAGAAAUUUAUCAAACAACAAAUGUCUGUAAAAAUUACUUCAGUUAUAAGGGCUAUUUAGUUGCUGUAAACUUGGGGAUUUAUCUUGGAACUUUUUCACUGAAACUUAAAAACAACGGACCCGAAACUACCAGGUGUAGAACUAUGUUGCGCUAAAAACAUGGGCACCAGCAAGAAGACAAAGGCUUUGCCAUUGGUUCAUUUGGAGAAUAUUGUUGCUGAAAGACAAACCUGAACACCACUGUUAGAAAUAUGAACUAAAAACACUGGUCUGAUCAGCGCAAAACCAAUUUUAGCUUCUUUUUCAAACUUGGAAUUAAAAUAACCACAAAAUCAGCGGUUUUUACCGAUUGCUUUUUGGGGAAGUUUGCCCCAAAAACUCCUGCGAAAUUAGCCGACUUUUCCGCAAAUUUGUCCCUAAAAAUCCCGCAAAAUUUGACUUUUUCUUCUGCAACCUAUCCGAAGCCCUGUAAUUAUGAACCUCUGAUUACCUGACCACCUCAUAACCGACCACCUAUCCAAAACACCAGUCAAAGCCUUGAGGUUGAAACCUCUUGGAAACAACUUCCACUCUUGAGUCACCAGGACCUAGGUUUUUGGGGUGUUGGUUAUGAUUCAGCGUAUGUGCAGUGUAAGGGAUCACUUGACCGAUAGUCUGUCAUCUUUUGGUUUUCACUGUAUGUACGUAUUAACAUGCUACUCUGAUUAUAUUGGACCUCUACACACAAAAGACCCCCUUGAUUACCACAAAACUGUGCCUUUUUUUCAGGUACUUGUACAAACAGAAAAUGUCUGAUAUCCUUUAAAAAUGGUGAGGGCUACCUUUAUUGGUUAAAACUAAUACAAAAAUUACAUUAAUUUUAUUUGUUAGUUGUAAGUUCACCUACACUGUAGGUACUCAAAUGUGCAAGACUGUACAACUAUGCCUUCGUGUACAUGCAUUACAAUCACCCUAUUGAUUUUAUAUUCAUAUUUGAGUUAUAGUUGAAGGUCUUCUUGGUGGACACUAUUGUAAGGAGGCAGGGCUAGAUCCACCCUACAACCACCUUGAAAAAUUCUCUAAACAACUAUGUAACUUUCUUUUUACAAGAGCCAUUCCCAUAAAGAGCCAUUGUAGUUGCAGCCUUUUUUUCCUUCUGGAGGGUGUCAAUUAUUUAAGGGAAGUUUGACUGUAGUUCAUUAAGGUUUUAGGGCCCCUGUCAGCUGGGUAGUUCUGCUGGUUCAGUUCUUAUGUGCGCCUCUUUUACUCGGUUUUUAAAACUUUAGGAGCAUUCAUACCAGGAUGCCCUGUGCAACCAGUGUGUCUUCGCUUCCCAGAACAACCUGUAAGUUCUGUACUUUACCCCUAGCUUACCCCAUUGAUGCAACUAUUAAUUAAUGUAGUACUGGGAGCAAAAGUUGGGAAAAAAUGAGGUAACUUUUAACAACCAAACAGCAACAUCUACAUAAAAACUCCAAUUUUUUGCUAGUAUACUUAGUUUUACGCAAUUCAUUAUUUGGAAGAAAUGUGUUGCCAAACUCUCGAUCUUUAUCUAUAACACUUUAUAGUAGUUAACCCAACCAUAUAAUUGGUAACAUGCAUGUUACUUUAAGUUAUAACACUUUAUAAUGGGCUUUGUGUCACUCUGCACCAUCUCUGAGUGGUGCCAGGCAUUUACCUACUUACUUGUUAAUUAGUACAUGUAUUUUUCUGUAUCUCUACAUAUCUUUUUUACCAUGUGUGUUUAUGUAUAAUUCUGAUAAAAAGCUGUUUUUCUGUCUUUUUACGUAGGAUGUUUAUACUUGGACAUGGGAUGGCCCCGGAGGGUAAGGAAAUUGUUGCAAAUAGAACAAAAGUGCAGCAGUGCCUUUAUAAUUCAUGUGCAACAUGUAUUUGUACUUAAUAUACUCAUGCCUGGAUACAGCUCUUUCUCUACCCAAUGAUCUCUUGUCCUAAAAUGCAUAGACUUGAUAAAUAUUGCUUUUCAGAAACUAAUUGACCUGACUAAUAGGUUGGUGUAUAGGUUGACACAAGGCAUUGAGGCCCACAUUCAUGGCCGGGGCUUAGUUAACCCGGUUCCAGUAGAAUGAAACACUUAGGAGUAUAAUGCCACACCCUCCUUGCUGGGAUGCUGGUCCAUUCCUGGGCUACUCCUGCAGCAGUACAUUGCUGGUGCCCAUUUAUACACCUGAACUGGGUUCAGUUCAAAGCUGGGUUAAGAUAACCCAAAGUUAGUGCAAAAUUUGAAUUCAGAUAUGAAAGGGUAAAGAGCUAAUUGAGUUUAAUUCUUUUGUCUUCAAUAUGACAAUUGAAUACUCUAAAAAGAAUAGAGAACAUUAUUAGAGAAAAUGCUUUUGAACUGAGGAAACAGAAAUCUGGGUAAAAAUUUAACCCCAGAUUAGUGCUAAUUGUCCUUCAAACAUUUUGCCCCUGGGUGAAGAGGAGCAAAGUCUAUAGAAUCAACAAACAGCAAUGUUUGAAUCUGAUGGGUUAUUUAGGUGUUAACUUCUUGGCUGUCACACCUCCACCUGACUAAUAGUUAUGUUCUCGUUUUUGAUAUUGUUAUUUCAGGCUGAUAUUGACUAUUUUACUACUGUGCCAGUUGAACAAUGUUGCUGAAAUAGAGGUACAUGUAAUCCUACAGAAACGUUCUUGUCUAUCCCCACACUAACCUCAUUUAAGAGCUGUGUGUUUCUCCUUUUGCAUGUGGUCCCCAAAAUAGUUUGUUUUCUUUAUAAUAACAAACUGUUUCCUAUAAAAGCCAUAAAUUGACCAUAAAUCUGCUCAUAGCCCCCGAUGGGAAAGACGAAUCACACUUGUAACUUAGAUUGUAAGCAACGUUGGUCAAUGUUUAUUUUUAAAUCCUUUUACAUCCGUAGCUUACAGAAACAAUCAUUUUUCUCCCAUACACUUCUUAUAUUUCGAAAAUUACACAAGAAUGCCAAUGGUCAAAAUAUACAUUUUAUACAAGAAUCUUUUGUGGUUAACUUCGAAAAAUGCAGGUUGUUAAUACAGAGUAUAACCAUGUGUGUUUUAAUAAUAUUGUAUUUGAUAUCUCUUACCAACAGUUUCUACCUGUCUGGAAUCCUACGGAGGAGGUAAUUGAUAUAAUUUUUAAGUACUAGGUACACUAGUUUAUGUUUAUUAGAGAUAGAUACAGCAGCAAGUAUAGAAAGUAUGAGGGACAUUCUCGUCACAGAGGAUACUAAAUAGGCUGUUACUGGUUGCAGGAAAAAGAGAAUCCUGAACUCUAUGCUGAACGCGUUCAACAGUCUAUGGCAAGGUGGGUUGUACUAUAAGGACCCCAAUAUAUUAAUAGAAUGUACACUUCAGUGUUCCUACAGUUAUGCAAUUCAUUCCAUCCAUUUUUCCUCAUAAUUUUACUGAGUCAUUUUGCCACAGAUUUCACAUUAGACAAUGGAAUAUACCAAAUGUGUCCAUUUCAGAACAAAUUCUAUUCAUUCAGAGCACUGCUCAGAUACAUUAUCCUCUCAUAACAGCCGGUACUCAUCAAACAUUGGUAAGAAGUUUAUUUACCAUGCAUAUACAACUCAGUUGUACAUGUAGUUAUGCCGCUACUGUAACUGUCUUAUCAACCGAUGGUUAUGUUUGACAUCUCUGUAACAUCGGUAAGUUUUCUUUAUUUUAAGUAAUGCCUCUCAAUUUCAAACUGAUUCUGUUUUGUACGUGCUUAUUUUUGGUGAAUUGAGUAAAUGUCAAUUUAUGUAAGAUUGAUAUUUUACAAAAUACAGAUUGACUUAUCUGUCAAACACGUGGGAUGGGAAAUGCAUAAGACAAAGGUGUCUGAACUUCCUCUUGGCUCAGAUAUUGUUAUAUUUUCUUGUAUUUUUCUCUGAACAUGUAGCGCGUAAAAAGGACUGCAAAAGAACUGAACAUGAUUUUGAAAUAGAAGUGCAACGGGUUGGGUUGUGGUGGUGUUAAUGCCCCCACCCUCCCCACCCUCACCAUAAUAUGCGUGUAAUUGGCUUUUUCCCUCACUCUUCUCCAUGCUUUGGGAAGUGAAGAGGUCGUGAACUGAGUAUUUUGGCUAACCAGAUAUCCUCUUAGGUCUUAAUAACCUCUCCUGUUUGGAUGGGUACACUGUUCUUUUUGUGUCUGUUUGAGCUGUAUACAGUACCACAGUUGAACCUCUGCUAAACGGCCACCUUGGGGACACAAGAAAGUGGCCGUUGUAGAGAGCUAGACAGUAGGGAGCUUAAGCAGUGACUUUUUUGAGCGACGCACGUCAACCGGAAGUGAGGUAUUUUCCCUCUUAACAUGCCUUGAUGAUAUAAAAUUUGUAUUCCUUAGCUUCUUUACUGUUAUAGAGGCGAUUUGACUGAAAAUUUGCGCGAAACCACCGUCAAAAAAUGAAAAAAAGGCCACUUCCGGUUGACGUGCGUCGCUCAAAAGCGUUGCUGCUUAAGCUCCCUAAUGGCGGAUCCAGACCUUCAGAUAAGGGGGAGGGGGGGGGGGGGGGGGGGGUCUCCAAAAUACAUUUUUUCGGCCCUUCGGGUCUCAUUUUGGUCGAAAAAUAAGGGGGGGUCCCGGGCCCCGGGCCCCCCGGACCCCUUCCCUGGAUCCGCCACUGCUAGGUUUAAACCAGAGUCGAUGUAUGGACUGUCCACCAAAAAAUUGGCCGUUGUAGAGAGGUGGCCGCUGUUGAGAGGUGACCGUUAGUGCAGGUUGGACUGUACCUUUUUUCGUAGGUGUUUAAAUGUUCCUGUGACAGGCCACUCAUUUGAGGACACCCUUCUGAUGGCUGCAGCUACUACUCACGGCCUUCCACCUGAAACAGGUGUCAUAGAGUUCAAGAAAACUGCAACAAAGCUAGGGUAAUUUUUUUUCUCGUUCAUGUACUCUAUUGUAGAAUACAUAAAAAUAAGACAAGUAUAGAAGAAAUAUAGGAAGCAAAAAUCAGGAAGGGCACAGUAUAGGAUAGUUACAUUAAAUUGCAAUGAUUAUCAUUAAUGCUACUUUUAUCAGUAUAGCUCAUUACUUCAAUGAUAUAAGGUCUAUAAAGCACGCCGCGAUCACCAUCGGAUAUAUACAAGUAAAUAUGAGCGCUGCGAGUUGGCAGCUCGCUAGGAUCCACGCGCGGUCCAUGCACUGCGCGCGCGACAAUAUUAUAAACUCACUUCGCUCGGCGCUUUAAAGGUUAAAAGGUUAAAGGCAUGUUUAUAGUGGAAGGUGCACUUAGCUAGUCAGCUAAUUUACAGGCACUCCACUCAAAUAUUUAGAAACAAAUAAUUCAAAUACAACAUAACGGGAUUAAAAACCCCAACUGGCAGAAGGCUACCAGUUGGCUAUUUACAAGCGUGGCCGAGAAUUUGAACUCGGGACGACCGAGCACAAAUCCUGCAAGUGGCCAGAGCGGGACUCGAACCCGGGACCGCCGGAUUGCGAGUCCGACGCGCUGACCACUCGGCCACGCUGCCUCCCCAAGGAGGAAUUAAUAAACUAGUAGUUUGAGAAUCCAUCUGCCGAUGGUAACCCGACUGAUUAGUAGUCAGAGACUAGAGAUAGAUCGGAAUAAGUGAAACUUAAAAUCUCUCAGGUGUCUUCCUGACUGUACCUCAAGAGUGUUGAAUUUGAUUGUCCUCCAGGUUGAACUUAGAUUCCGUAAAAGAGCACCUCAAGAGAUUUGCAGCUCUGGAUUCUGAUAAAGAUGGGCAAAUAUCUCUACAAGAUUUUGCACUUCAUUACAAGCUACCUAUCUCUAGUCCUGUUAAGGAGCUCUUUUCCAUCUUUGACCGGGUAAUUAAGGACUUGAUUUUCACAACGUUCUCUUAUUAGGUUCGGAAAAGAUAGUUUUUUGUGAGAGAAAGGAGUGGACAAGCGUUCAUUGCGCCUUUGUGACCUGUUGGUUUGCGGUCAGCAUGGUUCACGCCUGCGAUGGAAGCGCAAGUAUAUUCACUCGUUAGCAUUAAAACUAAAAGAAAAAAUUGCAUUUUCCUUCUAGUUGCGUUUGCGUUUAUCCCAAGCUGCGUUUUCCCCUUGCUUCACGCGUUAAGAACGUGAACGUGCCAAAAAGUAAGAGUGCAUGGCAGUUAAAGAGUGCGUGCUAAAUCGAAAUCACGAAACAUUAGGGAGGUCACUAUCAUAAAGCGAGGGAGAUUUUCAGCGACGCACAUCAGCCGGAAUUGAGCACUUUUUCCAUUCAAUUAGCUAUAACGCUUCCAAAUUUGUAUUGCUGAGUGCCUUUAGUCUCAUAAAGACGAUUUGAGAAAAAAAUUGGGUAAAAUCAUUGCCUAAGAAUGAAAACAUUCCAAUUCCGGCUGACGUGCGCCGCUGAAAAACGUCUUUGCUCAAGAUCCCUAUGACGCGCGAUGGUGUCGGGUUGCGUGGGCCUCGUCAACGUCCGUCCACCGGGAACUCUGGGAAAGAGGCUUUAGCUUCUUAUGUCUGAAGUGCUAUAAAUUGUGCGCGGAAAUAUAGUAAAUAAAGGAGGUUGAACCUUUUUGGUCUAUUUAUCUUUCUUCGAGUAUUCUUUGCCUCCUUCCCAUAUAGACUAUGUAGCCAGCGUGCCGAAUGCGCCGUCCAGGAAUUCCUCCUCUAUGUCCUUUCUUUUCUAUUGUUUAGAAGAGUAACGGCGUUAUUAACUUCCGACAGUACUUGGUAGGAUCAGUUUGUUUGGCCAGGCUAGCAGCGAAAAACGAAAUCGCUGAGAGUGCUUUAAAGGUAUUGUUUAACCUAUCUUUUAAAAGAGAAUUAGCCUGUCAGUGUUCCAGGCGUUUAAAUCGUGGGGACGGCAUGUGACCAGAAAAGGGAUGAUUCUCCUCUCUCCGUCUCUCUCUCCCUCCCCCGCUAUUUUUUUCCCGUUCUCUUACUUCGAGACGCACUCCACUAUCAAAACGCCUGGAACAGACUAAAAGAGAAUACCUUGCCGAGAUAUUCUGUUAUAUGUGCAUGGCGUUUCGGUUUAUUUAUUACAUAGCCUUACUUAUGCCGUGGUCAAAAUGUUUCAAAGAUUUUGCAGGAGUAUAGCAAGCCAAACAACAAGCAAGUCAUCCCUGACAGCAACAUAGAAGAUAUUUUGAAGAGAAUUUUACAGAUUAUUGAUAACACAAACUAUGACAACCAUAACGUGAGGAGCAGAAACGGUAAGUAUGUCUGCAUGGCACUGAAAAGUUAUUGCCACAUUUUUAGGGGGUGAUUUGACGUUCAUACCUUUGUCUGCGCUUAAGGUACGGUUAAACGGGCAACAAAAAAAGGGGAACUUGUCAUGCAACAUUGCUGCAAAAUGAGUUGAAUAGCGCUGUUGCACGUUUUACCACCCAUAUCAUCAAAUCUGUUUUAACGAGGGUGGUAAGACGCGCAUCAUCGCUUUUCAAUUCGGGCGUUUUGCAACAACAAGUUGCACGUUUUUGUUACAGUUGUACUAACCGGAGAUCAGGGGCCCGUUUCUCGAAAGUCCCGGUAACUUUUCGGGCCCGAAAUCAAAUAUUCAAAUCGAAAUAUAAAGAAUAAGCUAAGAGCGCGGGUCCUGGCUAACAAACUACUCCAUUUUGUUUCAUUGACUGAUAGUUUUAUCACUUUAGAUGCAAAACUUAUUGAAACCGCGAUCUUUAAUGUAAACGGAGACAGCUUACCGGGUUCGUUAAUUAUCGGGACUUUCGAGAAACGGGCCCCUGGCUCUCUUUUCGUUUCGCGUUGUAAAUAACAUUCCGGCGGGCAAGGCGGGGCUACGUAAGAGAGAAUGUAUGGGAACGGCUAGAAUUGAGCCUGAUCUCAGGUUACCGUUUUACCGAAGCUUUAGACAAGACAAACAAGAUAAGACAUUUAUUACCUUUAGCUUAAUAUUAUGACUUACAAUUUCUUGGCACGCAGUUAGCGUAAAAGCUAGUAGUGGCUUGCCAAAUUAGUUCAGUAGAAGAUUACAAACAUCACCUGAUAAUAAGUAGCCUGUUCCAGACUCCGAGAUAGUCGGGUCCGCUGAAUUGAGCAAGCGCGAACAUAGAAAUAUAACGGGAGGAAACUGGGGAGAGGAGGGGCCUUUUUCCUCUUCCCCCCUUUUUUUUUCUCGCCCCGCCAACUUUUCGCGUGCUCUUCACUUUUGCGUCUUCCCCACUAUCUGAGAGCCUGGAACAGGCUAGAUAAUAAGUAGAUACUAAAUAUGGAGGUAACUACAGUUUCUCAUCAAACUCUUUUUAUCUUGUGCUCUUGCCUAUUAGUUGUGGUCGCCAUCAUGGAAGCUGUUUCUCCACUUUAUUUCCGCAUCGAUUUAACAUGAGGAUUUAUAUUUUUUUGCAGAGGAGUUUCAAGAAUUUCUCUCCUGCUAUCCCGAGUUGACUACAUUACUAUCAACUUUGAUGCCAAAUAAGACUUCCGUUGACAAUCACCCCAGAGAGUCGAUACUUAUCUAAAAAUAUUAUGUUAGUCUGCAAAUUUAGUUUGCACUCGUGUGGAAAAUUAUGUCAUAGAAUAGGUCUCACUUGAAGGAACUGUAUUAGUUGCAGUCUUGACGGACAUUUUUUACCAAGAUUGGAGUCAUUAGAAAGACAGGGACGUGCACCAGUCACAGUCUUGUUAAUUUGCCAAAGUUUCAGUUGGGUUAGAAAAUGUGAUAGGUUAAUGCAUACAAAUACUUUAGGAUUUAGGGAUGAUUAAUUUAAAUUUCACAGGGUUUAGCAAAAAGCUAGAUAUUUAAUUAAAGUAAAUAUUUAAACUUUAUCAAAGAAAUUAAUAUGAAACUGUAUGAUGUUUUUCAGACACAUCCCAAGUUUAAUUGCGAUACGCUUUUUCAAAUAUUUCGUAGAAAAGUGUAGUAUUAGUAGUAGAUUGUAUCAGGUAAUUUGUAGAAAAAAUUAAAUUCGUUAAUUCUUGUAUGAAAUUAGAAAACUAUUAUACAAUUUAAUUCAAUUAGCAAUGUCAGAGGUAGCCCAGGCUUUCAAACAUGGGCGUCGCCACUUAUGCGUAACCUUCCGAAUGUAAGAAUUUGUAUAGGGGAAAAAACGAUUGUUUCAAUCUGUAACCUACAUAUGCGACGAGAUUUAAUAGGAAUAGUGCAUGCCUACCCUAAUAUUAUAGAAGAUGA